AUGGCAUAUUACCGCUGCGGGCCAACAGCAAUUGGGAGCCGCACAUCCUGGGGUCCAGUGACGUCGCCAAGCUCCGUAGAACCAAAGAACUUCGACCGCCCGCUCAGCGGCAACUUUGAUAGGAUCUUCAACGCUUUUGAAAGGACCAAUGCCUUCGAAUACAUUAGAAACUCCUUCGAAGGUGGAAAGGAGGAGGAAGACCGUCAUGUUGGUCAUGGAGAUAUAGUGGUCAAUAGGAAAAUGAGUAGCAGCUACGAGCGCGCCGACUACGCGCUGGCGGCGCAGACGCCCUGCUCCGAGGAUGAGGAUUUCUACAGGGAGAAAAUUCUGUACUCGCAGGCGAGACAGCUGUUCCCGUUGCAGGAGGAUCUGGCCGAUUGGAUUAAUAAAACCAUUGGUAUAACGUACCUGAGUGGGGAGAACUUCCUGGACGUGUUGGACAACGGUGUCGAGCUGUGUCAGCUGGCUGCCGUCAUACAUGACAGGGCUCGAGAAGCGCUAGACCAGGGCCUGAUCGUCGGACAGGCAGUGCCACAGAUACGCGGACGCUGCUGGCAGCGCGCAGCUCGACGGAGCUUCUUUUCCCGCGAUAACACUGAGAACUUUAUAACCUUUUGUCGUGAUCUUGGAGUCCACGAGAAUCUCCUGUUUGAGAGUGACGACCUAGUGUUGCACAACCAGCCACGUCAAGUAAUUCUCUGCCUGCUAGAAGUGGCUCGCUUAGCUACCAAGUUCAAUGUGGAACCGCCUGGGCUAGUGCAACUGGAAAAGGAAAUUGCACUUGAAGAGCGCGAUUCGGGGCUGGAGUCCAGCAUUUCGGGCACCGCGUGGCAAUUCAGGGAUGCUUCACCUCCACCAGAGCAUGACAAAUCCACCGCAGAAGUGCCACCAACGUCGCCGGAGCCCAAUGAUUCGCAUCUAUCAGCGGUGGACAAUGCAGACGCAGAGAGCACAAAAUCCGAGAGUACCGUGGCCAGCACUGACUCCGAUGUACCACUCAAACCUACCAAUGAGCUGGAUAAAAGGGUACAAUUAGUAACCCGGCUGAUGGAGCGCGGCUGUAGCUGCAGCUCUGGCAAGUGCUCCAAGUUGUUGAAGGUCAAGAAAGUCGGCGAAGGCAGAUACAAUAUUGCCGGCAGAAAUGUCUUCAUCAGGCUGCUGAAGGGUCGCCACAUGAUGGUCCGCGUUGGAGGCGGGUGGGACACACUGGAGCACUUCUUGUCUCGCCACGAACCCUGUCAGGUGCGCCUCGUCACGCAAGGCACCGGGCGCAGUGCCAACGUGCUACCCGUAGCGUUGGGCGGAGCAGGGGACACCGAGCCGCCAUCCACUACUGCCGUAGAGCACAAGCCUGCACCUGCAACUCGCCCCUCACUCUCCCCGGCCAGCAGUAGGGCCUCACUCCGUGAGCCGUCUGCCUCCAGAACCGUCUCGCCAGUCGACAGCAAGGCGUCCUCUGUCAGCGGCAAAACUUCACCUGUAGAGUUACGUAGCGGCCGCAGCACGCGAGCAUCUAGCAAAACCAGCAGUGGGAAAAGUUCCCCUCUCGGAGACCCUCGCCGCACUUCCACGCCUACUAAGACAGCUUCAGCCCGUAGUCUCCGGUCUGCACUUACACUCCCUCUAAAGACCGACUCUGUUGACGGUCGCGCUCCUAAGUCCCCUGCACCCCGAGCUCGUAAGCAGUCCGCACCUUCCAGCUUCAGUACGCCGAACACCCCCACCGGUAGAUCCGUUAGAACUCCGCCUAUUGAAUAUAGAAAGUCACUCACUACGACUUCCUUAAACACCACUGUUCCUAAAAAGUCCAGAAGCAUGAGUUUGGCUCACGUGCCGAAGGAGGAAAGAAAAUCCUUCUGCGGUACCGACAGGCUCAACCAGGCAAAGAAAAACAGAAGUACGAGUGUUGCCACUACGCCUACUGAGACCGUCGCAGCUAGAAAGACACGUAGCCAGAGUCUUGCUUCCACACCGAUCAAUGAACCGAAGAAAAUAUUCAACGGUACCAACGGGUUUGCUAAAAAGACGAGAAGCAUGAGUCUCGCGACUCCGGUAGACUUCAAGCCGUUAAACAAAAGCCAGUCGGUGACAGUGAACGGAGCCAUGACGCAAGCCGCCAUCGAAGAGAGCAUCAGACUGUCGCUUGCUGCAACCAUUGCGGACGAGACCUCCUCCAAGAAACCCUUCUUGCACAUCAAAGCCAAAUAUAGGAGUCCCCCUCCACGCGAGUGUCGCAAGUUAUGGAGUAUUGGUGCGCCGGUGCAGAACCAGGCGCGUUCGGACUUGGCGGUGCCUGUGCGCGCCUCCGUGACGCCACACAAGCGUCGCUACACCUACUACAAGAAGAUGUACAAACCCAUGUGCUACGAGCUACCCAAGCCACUAACAGUGUCUCUCGUAUAA